UGCAGCAGCAGGUUGACAAUUCCACACCAGAGAGAGGGGAAGGAAGACAUUCCAGAAGAAACAAAAAAAAACACAUUCCAAGCAACCCUCCCCCAGCUCAAAACCCUCGAGUCGGUAACAUUUUGCAAGUGAAGAAAUCGGUUUACUGCCUAAUGGCAACAUCGCUUAAUAAGACGAGACACAGGCGCAGAUUGGCUGCGAUCUCGUUCCUAUCGAAUAUCUCAUUAGAUGGCACACACCGGGACACAAAAUUUGGCGCAACAUUCGGCAGCAGCAUUAUCUGCAACCAGAAUAAGAACCCGACCCCGACCUACAGCAACGGCCACGCCACGUCGGCGUUGGGACUGGGCGCCGGAGGCUACCAUCAGCACUAUCAGCAGCAUCAUCAGCAGCGCGGCCACUCGGCCCAGCAGCAGGCGAAGCAGCAGCAACAGCAGCAGCAGCAGAACCACCAGUAUCAGCAACAUCAGCAGCCACCCCAUCAUCAUCAGAAUGGUGGCACCUCCAUACCCAUCCUCUGCACCGCCAUCGAUGUGCACAUCGGUGGCGGCCUCGGGGACUUUGGAAUGCUGCUGGACGAGUGCACCACCGCCGCCGCUGCUGGCGGUGGCAGUGAUGGCGAUGGGCAUUUUAGUGAAACUGAAAAUAUGGGUCAAUACUUGAUGAAUGUCCUGCCUACCGACCACAGUGCGGCGACCAUCAGUCCCGCUGUGUCGGCUGAGAGACGCAACAUAAAGCGACAGGCUCCGGGCAGUGGCAAUAUGAGCAUUCGGCAGCAGCAGAAGCAGCAGCAUCAGCAGCAGGCGCGGGCAUGUCCCGCCGGUAGCGGAGGAUCUGGUGCCGAAAGCGGCAGCGAUUCGGAUAGCGUCAAAAUACCGCUCAAGGUGUCCAAUCUGGGCAGCGGCGGUGGCGUCGGAGGAGCAGGGGCAAAGCUAUUGCCCCUCAGAGAGCGCACCUUCAGCAAUGGAGCAAGCGAUCAGACGAGCAUGCAGCCCGAGCGGCGGGCGCGCUUGAACACGGCGCCUGGGAUGCGGGCUGGCUCCAAUUCCAGCAUCGUGGUGGGCGGCGGCCUCAAGCGAACGUACAUACUGAGUGGAUCGAGUGUGAGCCACAUCACGGAUGACAGCAGCACGGAGAGCCUCGCGCCGGCUGGCAACUUUUCGGGCAGCUUCCGGAACAGCCUGAGCAAGUCAGUGCAGAUCACUGACAGCCGCAGAGGGACGACGAAUGUCCAGGGAUUGGGACUGGGACAGCGGGAUGAGCGGAUGGUGCUGGUGUCCCGCAAGAUACCAUUCUUCAUAUUCUCAGCCCUGCCCUACUACAAGGGCAAGAAUGGAAGAACCGAAUUCCGCAAGGAGGAUCGUCGUCGGCGUAAUCCUUCCACAUCACGUCCUCUGAGCUCCAUCAAUGAUGCCCCAUUCGAUCCCUUUGAUUUGAUGGGCAUGCAAAAGGCCGAGAGUGGUCAGGAUAUAUCCUAUGGCCAUCUCUUGAUACCGUCGCGACAGUACGAAAAGGAGCGCAAGAAGUAUGGCAAUGCCUCGGCGAAUGCCUCAAUCUUCGAGAAUCAAAUGGAAAUCACCAGCACAGCUGCGCUCAAGAAUCACGGCAUAGCAAGCACAAAAACCAUAACCAAACGUCAAGGCAAAUGGUGCUUUACGUAUGAGAAUAACAAUCGGAAUAGCGCGGCCAGUCCCACGCCCGAGAACAAGCUGGAUCUGGACAUGGAUAGCAUUGUGCUGGGUGGUGACACACCCCGUGGUCAGACCAAUCAGUACUCGGCCAACAUCUUGGAUGAUCCAGAGCUGAUUGCCGGCAAGCAUCGCACUCUGUUGACCUUUACAUCCUACAUGACGUCGGUGAUAGACUAUGUGCGGCCAUCGGAUCUGAAGAAGGAGCUGAACGAUAAGUUUCGCGAGAAGUUCCCCACCAUUCAGCUAACCCUGAGCAAGUUGAGGAGCAUCAAGCGCGAGAUGCGCAGGAUCAACAAGCUGGACACUCGCAUCGAUCUGGUGACAAUUUCGCAGGCCUACGUCUACUUUGAGAAGCUAAUUCUGGGCAAUCUGAUCAACAAGAGCAACCGCAAACUGUGCGCUGGCGCCUGUCUGCUUCUCAGCGCCAAGAUGAACGAUGUGAAGGGCGACUCCCUCAAGAGCCUCAUCGAGAAGACGGAGAGCGUGUUUCGGCUGAAUCGCAAGGAGCUGAUAUCGUCCGAGUUUGCGGUGCUCGUCGCCUUGGAGUUCAGCCUGCAUGUGCCCAUGCACGAGGUCCUGCCGCAUUACCAGCGGCUCCUCUACGAGUCCUAGAAUUGGCCUCGGCGCUGCGCCGAAAACACUUUGUUGGCAGCAGCGCAGGUGGUGGCGACAGCGGCGGCCACCACCAAACAGCAUCUUCGUCGCACCGGUAGUCGCAAGUAGGGCGAGACGUGGGAGACAUUAUUUCGACCAAAAACAACAAAUCGUUAGUUCAAGAAGAGAUCGCUGAUUUCAGUGGCGCCACUAUAUCCAAUGAGUUCAUGUAGAGUGCAUAUGUAUAUGUAGGUGUCGCCACAUAGAAAUGUUUUUGACAUGUAGAUCUUCUGUAGCAAAAGAACAACUUGUGGAGUGUACGGUUUUCUUUGGCCGAAAUGUUUGUUCUUCUAUGGGGUAUGUCACAGCGGGAUUUGAUUGAAGUUAGGCGGGGCUACUACUCCGUGUACUCCACAAGAUAAAGGAACCACAAUAGAACAUAUUUGAACAAACCACAGUAACACAUUCUUUUUGCAUAAAGAAACAAAAUCAAUAUUUAUUCAAUUCAAUCCGUAAAACAUCAACACAUCAGAAAACCCUGAUUGCAAUAUUCUAUAUACUAUCCAUUUAGGAUUUGAUCGAGCAUGCGAAAAAUAUUAGGCUCUCAAGACCUCCAAGUGCAGCCCUUUGGCUUAUCAAACUGCAACGCGAGUAGAUUCAUACAAUACAUAUGCGGUUAUCGUGCUUAUUAUAUUACAUAUACAUAGAAUUACAUAGAAUAAGUUGUACUACAAAAAAAGUUAUAAAAGAAAAAAAAAAUGACCUACAUACAUACAUAGUACAUACAAAUACCCCCACAAUUUCAUAAUCCUUAGAUUCAUAAGUGUUUUUAGGAAAGUUACAUAUGUUUUUCUUGGGUUUUCUGUUAUUGACAUUUCAAAAAUGAAUAAACUUAACUUAAUCAA